AUGGAAGUCGGAAUGGCCUUUCGCGACUAUGUAGGUUCCUCCUUCCUCGACACGCAUAAACACCGCUUGAUUGCCCUGUAGCUUUCUUGUAUGUGCUCAAAUAUUCUUAGUGUUAGCAUUGGAAUAUCACUCAUUUGAGCCUGGUCUGUUUCAAAAUAUUUCUUUGACUGGAUUCUUCGAUUUUUUUGGUGCUUCCAAAUUAAUAUUAAUGACCGUUACAUUUGAGCGCCAUACCUAUGCGUAUUCACAAGGCGGCCGACAGAUCCAGUUGUCUUUGAGGUUAUGUCAGACAGCAUAGAUAUUUGUGAUUCAUGAAAUUGGCCUCCCCAAGUGCUUUUAUAUCUCAAAACAUCAUUCCGUAAUUUAUAUUGAAUGCACUGUUUACAGUCUUUGUACUUGCUCUGUGCGCCCAAACUUUUCAAUUAAGUCGCAGGUUUACAUCUUGGGUCAGUUCUCUUACCUUAAUAUGACUUUGAAUGUUUCUUAUCGUAUUUUGUUAAUAUCGUCCAGUCAGUUCUCUAUCUUUCUCUUCUGGUUAGGGUCAUGUGAAUUUAUAUUCUUUAAAGCAUGUGGAAUGCCCAACCUGAGAACAUUCCCAUUUACCAUCCGAAUUUAUUGACUAUAUUGUCUGUAAGAUUUUUCUGAAAUUAUUGAGCAUAUUUUCUGUAUAUUGCAGAAUGGUAGAAUCAGUUCAAUGGAUUUUCAUAAGGCUACAAAUUACCUGGUUACAGCAAGUGAUGAUGAAUCAAUUCGGCUCUAUGACGUCCAAAAUGCAAUGUAUGUAUUUUUCUCUAUGUUUUUGAGUUGACUGGCUUUCCUAAGCAUUAUCACCCUUUCUUAUAGACUGCUCACAUCAUGAACACUGCGGUGGAUUAGCCUAUUAAUAUUUGUGUCUGUUGAUGUGAUAAAAAUGCAAACGGUUGCACAGAACAGGGAAAAUACAGAUUAGCUUGUUAAUAUGGCAGCGCAGAGAUUUCUAACGAUGUUAUUGACUAAGAAGAAAUGAAGUGAUGUGCAUGCCAAAUUUUAUGAGCCUCUUAUGUUUCCGAUUUGUUUUGGAUAUUACCCAAGAUAGAUGAAUGCUUAUAGGAACAGUUCAGAUACUGAAGAAAAAAUAUGGUCUACUGUCAUAAGGCUUGGAGGAGCCAUAGUUUUCCUCAUUAAAUUGGACCAGAAUUGGCUGAAAAGGCCUCUUGAGGAAUACCAUUCAUUCGUCUCUCGAAAAUUGCUCGAGAGUCACAGUUUUUUGGUCGUGCGACUGCAUGUUGGGAAGACCUAAUCGAAAACAGUUUUCUUAUAGAUGCACAUGUGGGAAAAUAUGGCCCACAUAGCUAAAAGUGGCCACAGGUCACUGCAUAGCAUCUUUAGAGUCGUAGAUUAUGGCAAAUGAUAAGAUCUACAUGACCAUCCUAUGUACCAAGUUGAUAUAACCUGGGAAUAAAGUGAAGAUUAAGGACACAACAGAGAUAUGGAUCACAUCAACGAAGAAGCUAUCACUUAAUGUAAAAUGCAAACACGAGUUGAAUAGAGCAUGGUAAGAUCCAGAUUGAAGCUGGCGAGAUUCUAAUGUAGGAAAGAAAAUAAACAAAGGAUAGGUCGACUAGUUUUCCAUAUAAUCACUAGGAUACUGUCUCUAGGUUUAAUUAGAAGAUUCCCAUCUCUCUGUAGCUUCUCAGGAAGACAAGAAAAAACCUCUGGGAAGACGGCUAUCUUAUAAUUAACCCCGGUUAUAGUCUAAACAGAAGCCUUACCCUCUCUAUCUUUUGGCUCGAUAUUACCACCUGAAGGGCUCCGUCUGCAAGAAUUCUUUCUCAGAUAUCUAGCUUAUGAUUCUCAAAUCUCAUUAAUUGAACUUAAUGCACAUUCAAACCGAAAGAAGCUCGUCCAUAACAUAAGGAACGUACAGUAAGUCAAUUUUCUCCAAGCACGGUGUUCUAAAAUCGAUUUUUUUUUCUUCUGUCAGAUAAUUUUUAAUUGUACCGCUCAAUUUUUAACUUCUGCUGCUUGGGGUGGCAUACAGAAUUGAGUUUUAUCACAUAAUAAUGACAGUAAAAGUGGUAGAUCCUUGCAAAGGCUAGCCAUCACCUCUUCAUUAUACUUAUCUGCUCCAUUUCUAGCUCGAAACCUAUUCCUCAACUUGUAAAUGCUCUCCUGACUUUUAUUCUCUUGGAUGUUAUUAAGUUCAAAAUUUUCAACUUUCCAAUGUGAUCCUAUUUUAAUCGUUCUGAAAUGCCAUUUUUCUCGUCCUUCAUUUUUAGGUGUUUGAAGACCAUAAAUAGCAAGAAAUAUGGGGUUGAUCUGGUGCGCUUCACUUCUCAUCCUACAACAGUUAUAUACUCUUCGAAAAAUGGUUGGGAUGGUACGUGAGAGAUGCAUUCUUUUCAAUCUUCAGUUUGGUGUGAACCAUUUAUUUAUUUGAUCCACUGAUCCAGAAUCAUUACGCCUUCUUUCAUUGAAUGACAACAAGUAUUUGCGGUACUUUAAAGGGCACCGUGACAGGUAUCAUGAUUGUCAUCUUACAAUUCAUUAUCCAUGUGAAUCCCAUUUACGGUAAUAACACAUCCAUAAGCUUUUUUUUUAACGAUUAUUUCUGUUUUUUAAAAUUCCUUUUUAGGGUUGUUUCACUGUCACUGUGCCCUCGAAAAGAAUGCUUCAUCUCUGGUGGCCUUGAUCAGACUGUUUUACUUUGGGAUCAACGAGCUGAGAAGGCCCAGGUCGAGAUGAUCAUUCUAAUGUUAGCUGCAGAAGAUUGAGUCCCCCACCAAACUAGUAAUUGAUGACCCCCUUUACAAUAUUGCAGGGUCUUCUCCGUGUGCAAGGAAGACCUGCGAUUUCCUAUGAUGACCAAGGAAUGGUCUUUGCAAUCGCAUAUGGAGGACACAUAAGAAUGUUCGACAUGCGAAAAUAUGAGAAUGUACAAAUCUAUGGUUAUUUCUUGCGCACGAACAAGACCCUGCAGUGUUCGAAAAUGGGCAGUAAUUCUUUCUGUUUUGGGGUGGCAGGGUCCUUUUGAAAUCUUCUCUCUUGGGGGAGAUGUGUCGGACGCCAAUGAAGUCAAAUUCAGCAGUGAUGGUAGGCUUAUCCUGUUGACCACUUCAGCUGGUCAAAUUCAUGUGCUUGACUCCUUUCGAGGCAUAACUGUAAGCUUCAACAGCUGGUCAAAUUUGCACCAUCUGACUGCCUCACAUUGACCUCUGAGCAAAAAAAUAAAUAGUCUAACAUCCAUUUAUUUGCAUGCACAUCCGGUAGAUAUCCACUUAUAAUGUGAAGCCGGUUUCUGGCAAUGGCACCCUGGAGGCGUCCUUCAGCCCUGAUGGGAAGUUUAUAGUGUCAGGUAAUAUCUCUCGUUGACUUUUUGGCUUCGUUGCACAAACCAAGAAAAAUGUUUCUCGUUGACUUCUUCCUAUCUGUGGCAGGUUCAGGUGACGGUAGUGUCUCUGCCUGGAGUAUCGCAAAAGGGAAAGUACGAUAAGUAGCAUCCAUCAAUCACCCUGUUUCUCUCGUCUUGCUGAUCGUUGACUUUCUCUCUCUCUCUCUCUCUUUUUAUUAAUGGCAAAGGUUGCAUAUUGGUCGAGUAGCGAUGUUGAACCCCCGCUGAUAAAGUGGGCCCCUGAAAGUCUCAUGUUUGUGACUGGGUCAACGGAGUUAUCCUUCUGGGUUCCCGACUUGUCCAAGUCCGGAUCUUUAAUCGGCGCCAAGUAG